CAUAUGUUUUGAUCAUUUGUCGUUAUUUGCUAAGAGUAAAGAAUGCCAGGUUCCCUUCACUAACUUGCCUGAUCAUCCACUGUUUCUAGCCAAAUUUGUCUGAAGCCAAGAACGAUGAAGACCAUUCUAUUGCUCCUAUUUACAAUGCAUCAGACGUUUUUCUUUUCAAGCGCACUGAAAUGUUAUGAAUGCGCAGGAGACUGCAAAUCCCCUAAAGAAGUUGAUUGCGCCGCGGACAUCAAAUGUUGCUAUUCCUCAGUUGCUGCCGUCGGUGGCGGCGCUGCCGGCGGUGGAGCCGCUGCAGGAGAAACCACAGUAACACCCACUGCCGCACCACCUCCGCGAAUGAAGAGGGAUGGCCGUUCCGAGGAUGUUACAAGAAAAAGCUUUUUCACAGAGAGAAUGGAAGAAAUAAGGAAAUCAAAGGACAUAGAAGGAGAUGCCUUAGUUACUGGUUUUCAACAGAAAUUUGAAAGGGCCUUCCUCAUUGGUGACCAUUCGCUCGCCAGUAAACCAGAGCACAAUUUCAAAGGUUGUUGUACUGAUAAGACAACAAAGGAUACAUGCAAGGAUGAUAGUUGCUACCUGUGCGAAUCCGACCUCUGCAACAAGGGCAACAGUGGAGCCACUGCCGUCCUGGCAUCAAUCCUCAACAUUCUUCUUCCUUUGGCCGCAAUUGCAGUAGUCAUCGCUUCCCCGCCAGCUAUAAGAAGAGGCAUGACUGCCGAAUAUCUCCAAGAUGAGGCUGCGGCGGCGCCCUCUACAGAAGCACCAGCAGCAGCCGCAGGAGACGCAGGAGCCUCAGGAGGCGCAGGAGCCGCAGAACAUCCAGCAGCAGCUGACAAAGAAGGCGAGGGAGGAGAGAAUGAGCAUAAAUACAAAGGCUGCUGCGAGGAGUCGAUAACGAAGGACACCUGCCCUAACGACGAACACUGCUACCUCUGCGAGGGCGAUCUCUGCAACAAGGAGAGCACUUCUUCGGCCUCUGCCGUCCUCGCCUCCAUCCUCAAUACCUUGCUCCCUCUGGCCAUUAUUGGAGGAGUCAUCGGUAGUCAUGAGAUAUUCAUAAUCUAGCACUUUCCGUUUUCUCCUCAUGUUAGCUUUUUUUCGAUAUUAAUUAGUUAAUAAGUAGAACAAACAAAAAUAAAGGCAUUGUAUUAAAUUGAUGU